UAUGUUAAUGCAUUUAAAUAAUAAAAUUCAAAUGUAUAAUACUCAAAUAAUUAAUGCAUUUAAUAAAUAUGUGUACGCGGCAUAAAUGCGUCCUAUGUACGAAAUAUGUGCAACUUGAUGCGAGCAAUGCACGAAGACAGCGUUGAUUGGUCAAUCGAUUCAUAAGCAUCACAUAACCCGCCAAUAAGAAUAAAAUUGGGGGACAAAACUCAGGUUCCCCUGCAAUAUGGCUGUCAGUAUAAAUUUGAUGCUUGUAACAUGCGUUGCUCUCCGAAAAAUUUGACAAAUAGUCUGUCUAUCUGUCGACUUUUUCAAAAUGUACAUCGUAAUGUGAUUUUUAAGGAAUCAAUACAGUGGGAAACUGCUAUGCGGGUUAGCUGAAGUGUAGCAGUUAAAUAAAUUGUGUAUUGCAAUCAGACAUUUACUGUUAUUCUACGAUCAACGAUACUUGCAAAUAUGACAUCCAGGUUGGACAGACUAUUUAUAUUAUUGGAAACAGGAACAAAUGCUGUCACUAAAAGAGCUGCAGCACAGCAAUUAGGAGAAGCGCAAAGAUUACAUCCUCAUGAUCUACAUCAUUUGUUGGCAAGAGUUUCUACUCUGUUAAAGUCUCCGCAAUGGGAUACCAGAGUAUCAGCUGCACAAGCUGUACAGGCUAUACUUUCUCAGGUUCCUGCUUGGGAUCCACAACCAAUUAAAAAAGAAAUAUGUACAAAUGAUGGUGAAACGAAAAAACCAAAUAAUAGAUUAAAUUUGGGAGACUUUAAUAUGGAAAAAGUCUUAGCUCGCAGUUCACAUCUUACUGGAUCAGAAGGUAGUGAAUACGAUCUGAUUGCUGCUGAUGGAGAACAAGUAUCACUUCCAAAUCAGGAAGAAAAACUUAUUGCUGCUAAAUUGGGUCUCCAUCCACGAUUAAUGGGAGUUGAUACAUCAGAGCUAUUUACUGCUGAAGACUUAACACCAGUAGUAUCGCCGCCUACCUCGAAUACACAGAAUAAAGUAUCUGUGAGUGAAACGCUAAAACAACCGAGUGGACUUAGUAGACGUGAAAUGAAUAGAGCCAGACGUAAAGCACGACAGUCAGUUUCAAAACAACGUUCACGAGAACCAGAUGAACAUCGUAGUAAUGAAGAUUAUUAUAACAAUUCAAAUGCUCAAUCUCCUAUUAACACAGGAGAACCAUUCAGUAAAAAAAUAAAAUUAGAGGAAGUGAUCUCAUCAGAAAUCGGUGUUAAUUGCAAUGCACAGACUGAAUCAACCAGUAGUGUACCAGAUAGUACUGGUUGUUGGCCAGAUUCUGUAAUCGACUGGCCUUUAGAGUCAUUUGCAGAAAACCUUUGUCAAGAUUUAUUUAGUCAAAAAUGGGAAGUGCGACAUGGAGCUGCAACAGCUUUAAGAGAAUUGGUAAAACUUCAUGGAAAAGGUGCUGGUAAAUCAAGAGAUCAGACUAUGAAUGAAAUGGAAGAAAGCCAUUAUCAAUGGGUUAUUGAUGCUGCUUUACGAUUAUUAUGUGUCUUAGGACUUGAUAGAUUUGGAGAUUUUGUUUCUGAUCAAGUAGUUGCACCUGUACGAGAAACAUGUGCUCAAGCACUAGGUUCUCUUCUAUUACUAGUGCCAAAUCAAAAAGAUAAUGAAAAUGAAAAUAAGGGUAUUUUAGGGAUACUUUCAGUUAUGCUAAAGCUUUUAGAACACGAUGAAUGGGAAGCAAGACAUGGCGCAUUGCUUGCAUUGAAAUAUUUACUUGCUGUACGAGAUGAUCUACUGGAUGACAUUUUACCAAGAGUAUUUCCAGCUAUCAUACAAGGUCUUUCUGAUCCGGUUGACGAUGUAGGUGCUGCUGCAGCUAGUGCACUUAUACCCGUGGCAUUCGCCCUUCCACGUUUACUGAAACCGGCAGAAUUAGAGGCUAUUGUAAUUCGUCUUUGGGAACUUCUACGUGAACAAGAUGAUCUAGCAGCAGCAUGUAAUAGUUUUAUGGGAUUACUCGCUGCUAUACUUUCAUUACCUACAGCACACACUUACAUUACCCCUCAGCCAUUGUCACAGGUUUUACCGCGAUUGUGGCCAUUUCUUAGUCAUUCUAGUUCUAGUGUACGAAAAGCCACUUUGCAAACAUUACAGACAUUAACUGGAGAUGACGGUGCUCAUAAUAAAAAUAGAAAGGAACGAUGGGGUGAAGGAGGUGGAUUGGUAUUACAGGAAGCUCUUCGUCAUGUGUUUCAACGUGUAUUGAUCGAACAUGUGACUGCCAUACAAGACGUAGCCGAACGUGUUUGGGAAAAUCUAGUCGUACAGAGCGAUCUCGAACUACUAUUGCAUGCAGCGUGUCCUCUCGUUAGCACAUGGCUUUGUCUUGCUAUGCAACCCGAACACGUGCCAUUUAAUCCGAACUUAUUAAUGACAAUAAGUACUCUUAAUAAAGGAAUAAAAAGUAAUCAAAUUAUUGGUAUUUGCGAUGGACAAUCAGAUACUAGUAACAACGGAGGGAACAAUACUAUAAGCGGAAAUGGAAAAUCAAUGUCUGAACUGAAAGUUUACAUAGGUGGAAUCGAGACUGUAGCUCAAAAUAUAAGAAAAUCAAAUGUAGUACAGGCUCGUUGUAGAGCUUCACGAAUGUUAGGAUUGUUAUCACAUUAUGUAGUACAACCGGCACCGGGUGUUACUUAUACACCAGACAUACCUAGUCCUGCAAUUUGCUAUGCUAAAGUAUUAUUGGCACAUCUUAAUUCACGCUCAGCAUUACAACGCACCGUUGUAGGUUUAACUAUGUCUCAUUGGGCGACCGUAAACAAUAUGAAACCACCUGCAAUACCAGACAUUUUAAGGGACAGACUGUUGGGGUGUUUAAAUGAAUGCGUAUAUUAUGACGAAAUCGCCGCAUCUUUCACUCGUCUUUUACAUGAUAGUCGUGAUUACAUUGCCACUCUCAAACACUAUAAACUACCUGUUCCUAUUGAGAUAGAUGCAUCGGGAGUAAUGACGCUUGAUCAAAUUGCAAGCCUUGCUGGAAAACCGAUUUCAGAGCUUUGUGCCAUGAGCAAUGCCACAGGUUCCGGAGGACCGGGUGGAAAUAUUGGCGGGAAUUCUAGUACAAUUAAACUAAAACCGAAACUAAUAGAAAGUUUGGAAGAAAGACGGAAAGCUUUAGAAACAGGUGCUGCUGACACAGCAGCACAACAACUUUCGUAUAAUGUCAUGUCAAUGGCAGCAUUAGCUGGUGCUGCCACGAUGUUACAUUGCCUUCCACCGACCCCACAACCUCUUAAUCCAUUAGUAAAACCGUUAAUGGAAGCUAUAAAGCGCGAGGAAAAUGAAGAAUUACAAAAGUUAGCUGCAAAACAUUUGUCAUACUUAGUUGAUCUUUGUGUAGAUAGAAAACCUUCUCCCAAUGCAAAGAUAUCGACCAAUUUAUGUACAUUCCUAUGCUCGGAUAUUGAAUUUACACCUCGUGUAAAUUGCAAUACAGACUCAGAUCUAUUUGAUGGAAUUCUUACUUUAAGCAAUAGACAAAAACAUGCUGAAAGAGUAGCUUACAAUCGAGGAGCAAGUAGUGGACUUGGUGGAGGAAGAGGACCUGGUCGACCGCCGACAACUGAAAUUCCUUUGGAAGAAUUACUUGCUUGUGAAGAACCUGAAGCUAAAGCUGCUCGAACACGUCGUCGUGGCGCCACUUUUGCACUUACUGCUAUAGCUACUCUUUUCGGUGCACAAUUACCUACACGGUUACCACACCUUUGGGAGCUGAUAUUACCAAGUAUAUUACGAGAAGAAGAUAAAAUCAUUGGCCGUGAAAAUACUCAAGAAGGAGUAAAUCAACUCAUUUUCGGUUUACAAGUUUUAGAAAUCAUGGCUCCAAGUCUUGAUAAAGCUUUACUACCUCCUGCUUUGGAAUGUCUUUCCUGUUUAUGUAAAUUAUUGGCCCACCCUUAUAAGGCUGUUAGACAUAUGGCAUCACGAUGUAUCGCUGUAUUAGCUACAUUAGAUACAGAAAAGACCAUAGUACAUGUUACACGCAGUGUAAUACCACUCUUAGAAGCUACUGGUGGUGAAAAAUUAUAUUCUACAACUGUGACUGCACCAAGUGAAGUGGAUUCGAUAAGGCAAGGCGCAGCUGAAGCAUUAGCAUGUCUUGUCGAAAGUUUAGGUGUUAAUAUAGUUCCAUAUGCUGUAUUGUUCAUGGUACCUUUGUUGGGGCGUAUGAGUGAUCAGAAUCAGGCAGUAAGAUUAGCUUGCAGUGCAACAUUUGCAACACUCGUGCAACUUUUACCUCUGGAUCCUGGUGCAAUUGCUGACCCGCCAGAUCUAGUAGAGAAAAAAGCUCAAGAGCGGCGGUUUCUAGAACAACUUUUGAAUCCACGCAGUAUUCCAGAUACUGAAUUACCAAUUCCUGUAGCUGCAGAACUGCGUUCUUAUCAGCGUCAAGGCUUAAAUUGGUUAAAUUUUUUAAAUUGCUAUCGACUCCAUGGUGUUCUGUGUGAUGAUAUGGGUCUUGGAAAAACGUUGCAAACUCUUUGUAUAUUAGCGUUAGAUCAUCAUCGUAAUCCUCAUGCUCCACCAAGUUUGGUAGUGUGUCCACCGACUUUAACUGGUCACUGGGUAUACGAAGCUGACAAAUUCUUUAAAACCAAAGAUCUUUCGGUGUUACAAUAUGCCGGCACCCCGCCUGAACGAGAAAAAUUACGACCAAAAGUCGCUCAUCAUAGACUCAUCGUUGCGAGUUAUGAUAUAGUACGUAAAGAUAUCGAUUAUUUUGAAACUCGUCAAUGGAAUUAUUGUGUACUUGAUGAAGGUCAUGUCAUAAAAAAUGGAAAAACGAAAAGUGCGAAAGCGACAAAACGAUUGCAUGCCAAUCACAGACUUAUACUCUCAGGCACGCCUGUGCAGAAUGACGUGCUCGAAUUGUGGUCGUUAUUUGACUUUUUAAUGCCAGGUUUCCUGGGCACUGAAAAGCAAUUUGCGGCAAAGUAUUCACGUCCUAUUUUAGCUUGUAGAGAACCAAAAGCUGGACCAAAAGAACAAGAAGCAGGGGCGUUAGCUAUGGAGGCACUUCAUAGACAGGUUUUGCCAUUUUUACUUAGGCGAAAUAAAGAGGAUGUUCUUCAAGACUUACCGCCUAAAAUCACACAAGACUACUAUUGUGAUUUAUCACCGUUACAACGAACGUUGUACGAAGAUUUUCGUACUCGUCAUUCUGCUACUCUAUUGUCGACUGUAUCGUGUACUUCGGCUUCGAAUGAUCCGCAUGGUGGUCACGUGUUCGAAGCAUUGCGUUAUCUACGUAAUGUUUGUAAUCAUCCUAAAUUAGUACUAAAUCCACGACAUCCAUUGUAUCAAAAUAUAUGCAAUACAUUAAAACAGCAAAAGAGUACUUUAGCGGACAUAGAACAUGGAGCUAAAUUACCUGCAUUGAAACAAUUGUUAUUAGAUUGUGGUAUCGGUCAGCCGCAGCAACAACAAAGUCGUAAUUCCGUGGCUGCUGGCACUACUCAAGAUAAUCAACCACCACAACAGCAACAAUUAGUGAGCCAACAUAGAGCGUUGAUCUUUUGUCAAUUGAAAGCAAUGUUAGAUAUCGUAGAAAAAGAUUUGUUGCGUACACAUCUACCAACAGUCACAUAUCUUCGACUUGAUGGAAGUAUACCCGCGACACAAAGGCAUUCCGUAGUGGCACGUUUCAACGCUGAUCCGUCGAUAGAUGUGUUAUUGUUAACAACUCAAGUUGGUGGUCUUGGUUUAAAUCUGACUGGUGCAGAUACAGUUAUAUUUGUAGAACAUGAUUGGAAUCCUAUGAAAGAUCUGCAAGCGAUGGACCGAGCACAUCGCAUUGGACAGAAGAAAGUAGUUAACGUAUAUCGGUUAAUCACAAGAUCAACAGUGGAAGAGAAAAUUAUGGGACUUCAAAAGUUCAAGCUUCUUACUGCAAAUACUGUUAUUUCGACCGAGAACGCAUCUUUGGAAACAAUGGCAACUGAUCAGUUACUAGAUUUGUUUUCGUUGGACAACAGUAAAGGAAAAAGGCCAGAAUCACAAGAAGAUGCCGUAUCUAAAAUUACCGGUGUUCCAGGUGUUAGUCGUUCUGUUCUAGAAAUUCUUCCUGAAUUAUGGGAACAACAACAAUACGACGACGAAUAUGAUUUUGAUUCAUUUCUGUCCUCUCUAAAGUCUGAAAACCAGUGAGCUUAUCAUUUUACUCAUCAGUAUAAUCAAAUACAUAAUGAUUUAGCAGAAUUAAUACGUAUGUAAAAACUGAUUACGUUAUUAAAUGAACGUACGAAGAUCAGAACUGAUAAAGGAAAUGAUUAAUUCUUUUAAUUUCAUGAACUGAAAGUAACGAACAUUCUUUUCAUUAAAGAAGAACAAAAGAUAUACGAAUUACUUACAAAGAAGAAACUCGGAUAAAUAAGUUAUGGAUAAUAUUAAUUAAGUACUAUAAGUAAGCGAGUCUUGUUUAUUUAUAAUAACUUAUAAAAAUGCUGAUACAAUUACAAUUCCGUAUUUGUACCAAACGA